AUGGCGUACCGUGACACGGCGCCGUAUACGCCCCAGGAUCCCAACGAGAUCUCUGCGCUGGUGCGCGCUCUCGAAGAGCACAAGGGCAAGAAAGUCAAAGGAAACUUCUCGGUCAAGAAACACACAUUCCCGCUCCCCAAUGGUCGAACUGUCGAUUCUUGGAAAAUGAGCGACUGGGACUACAAAAAGGCAAAUCUCCCUACAUACGCACGCGGACUGUUCACAUACAAGAAUCUGCAAGGCAACCAUGAGAUUGCCGUCAGAGGUUAUGAUAAGUUCUUCAACCACGGAGAAGUUAGGAAGACGGAGUGGAAGAAUGUCGAGUGUGACACGCGAGGGCCGUACGAGUUGAGUGUAAAGGAAAACGGCUGCAUCAUCUUCAUCUCGGGUCUAGAUGAUGACACACUACUGGUAUGCAGCAAGCACUCGACUGGUGGGCGAGAUGGUCAGGUCAGUCAUGCCACCGUAGGCGAACAGUGGGUUGAACGACAUGUUGCGGCCGUUGGCAAGACAAAGCAGGACCUCGCGCGGACACUGCGGUCCAUGAACGCAACACUUGUAGCCGAACUAUGCGACGACGAAUUUGAGGAGCACGUCCUCGCAUACACCCCCGAGCAGGCUGGCUUGUAUGUACAUGGUAUCAACCUCAACCUGCCUCAGUUCGCUACCUACCCGGGUCAUCUAGUCGACAAGUUCGCCGAGGAGUGGGGCAUGAAGAAGGUUACCUAUGUUAUGAUGGACGACAUAAAAGAGGUCAAGAGAUUUCUAGACAAGGUCGCCGAGACGGGUAACUACGAAGGCCGCGACACUGAAGGUUUCGUCAUCCGGUGUCAAGCACGCGAGACCGAGGGUGGGCCCUACGUGGAUUGGUUCUUCAAGUACAAGUUUGAAGAGCCAUAUCUCAUGUACCGACAGUGGCGUGAGUGCACCAGAGCCUUGAUUGCGGGCAAGGCACCGCGCUACAAGAAGCAUGAGGCCAUUACCAAAGAGUACCUGGAUUUUGCCCGCGCGCAAUUUGCGAAAAAUCCGAGCCUUACCAAGGCUUACAAUGAAAAUCAUGGUAUCAUCAAGAUGCGCGACGACUUUCUAGCUUUCCGCGGAACAACAGGCGCCGAGAUCAUUCGACAAGAGUUGCAAAACGGACCCGUUGAGAGCAAGAAGGCCAGUAGGAAUAUUGUACUGGUUCCUGUCGCAACAAUCGGAUGUGGAAAGACGACUUUGGCCCUCGCUCUGGUGAAGCUGUUCGGAUGGGGCCACUUCCAGAACGACAAUGUCAACACAAAGAAGAAUCGCGCCCAAUUCUUUGCUAGUACUGUGUCUUCGUUGCUAGUCACCAAUCCCGCUGUCAUCGCGGAUCGCAACAACCAUCAGAAGCGCGAGCGAGACCAGCUCAUCACCGACAUCUCCAAGGAUGUCAAGGACGCUCGUUUCGUCGCUCUACACUAUGUGCAUGAUCGAUACAACUAUGACCGCAUUCGACAAGCGACACAGAAGCGCGUACUUGACCGUGGCGACAACCAUCAGACUAUCCAAGCAGGCUCCAAAGGUUCGGGCGAGAUUAAACAAAUCAUGGAAGGUUUUCUGCAACGUUUCCAGCCAGUCGACCCUUCAGGUAGCCCUGACGAACUCUUCGAUCUAGUUAUCAACCUCGAUCCGACUGUCAGCUCGCGCGAGAAUCUCGAAACUAUUAUUCGGACGAUGGCCGACACAUAUCCGGCUCUAUUUGAAGGCAAGGGCAUGCCCACUGACAGUGAAAUGGAUGCUGCUAUUGAGUGGGCUUUGAAAGACUACACGCCAGACUUCAAAAUGGAUCUCUCGCAAAACAGGUCUAAGCGGGAUAACCAGAACAAUCAGCAAGUAGCCGGGGGUCAAACCUCGCGGAACCAAGGGCCACCCGCAAAGACUAAGAAGAUGCCCAAAAUGGAGUACUUCUCUGUUCGUCUCGAUACCAACAAGAUCAAUUCAAUCCUCGACUCGCUGUUCAAUGAACAGGAUGAUAACACUGCGAACAUGUACAACCAGCUAAAGCAGAGCCGCCGGGUCCAAAAUGAAUUUCAUGUUACCCUGAUACAUCGAACCGCAUCAUCGAGGAAAGCAGAGUAUUGGGACAAGCUCCACAAGCUCUAUGAUACAGUGCAGAAGUCGGCCUCCGACGGAGCCUGGGAGCCCGAGCUUGCAAAGUGCGAGGUACAACUCGAGCGAUUGGUCUGGGACGGCCGUAUCAUGUGUUUCGUCGUGCGUCUGAACGGAGCCAGCACCUUCCAAAUCGAGAGCGAAGCAGGCACGACUACCGAGCAGGUUUCCUUUGCGACGGUCAAUGAUGUCGCACACGUCACCGUCGGCACUGCUGCACCCAACAUCAAACCCAUGGAGAGUAACGCGUUGCUCCAGCGCUGGCUCAGUGAAGGAUCCGGAGACCAGUCUGGUAUCGGUGAGUUGAGCGUCAAGGGCAAUGUGGUUCUCGAGGGUAGUGUAAGGGGUGUGUUGGGCCGAUUUUAG